AUGUUUGGUUUUCGUACACCGGAUAAAAAGACAGAUAACACAGAGACAUCAGGAAUGGAGAAACCCGGAACAUCCCGGGUUGACCCAUUAUCAAAUAAGACGUCCCACGUAAGGAAAAGCAUUGGAGAAUGGGAGAAUGGAAAAGGGAAGGCAACUCAGUCCCCGACGGAAUCAAUAGAAGUAGAAGGGACAAGAAAAAAGGUAACGGCUACUAAAGAGAAAAACGAGAACGUAAGAAGAAUGUCAUCGGAGAUUGUGGUCAUAAGCCCACCAAAGAAACAAAGUAAAAUAGCUGAGGCAAAAGCCUGCGUUACCAAAGCGAAAAUUAAUUUAAAUAUGUCAAGGAAUAUUAAGACAGAGAUAAAGACUGGAGUGGCGGAGGCUAUUGACAGGCUGUAUGGAAUUGUUAAGGAAAUGGCUAAAGAACUGGAAAAAGGAGAAGAGAAGAAACCAAAUGAGAAAGAAAGAAAAAGAGAAAACUUGGAGAAACAAAAGGAAAAGGAGAAGGAACAAGGACAAGACCUAGAAAAAGAGAAAGAGAAAGAGAGUGUCUUAAUCAAGAAGAUGGAAGAACACGCAAAAUUAAUAGAAGAAAGUAAUGCAAAAAUCAGAGAACUAAAUGACAAUCUAGAGAAGUACCAGGAAAAAGAAAAACAAACGUACGCAAACGUAGUAACGCAGAACAAAGGGAAAUCGAUGGAGAAAAACGUAAUGCAUUCGGUGGUUGUAACUGCUAAAGACGAGAAUGAAACAGGAGAAGAAGUACUGAAUAGAAUUAGGAAAGCUGUAAAUGCAAAAGAUGGAGAAAUAGCAGUUGAAAGGAUACGCAAGGCGAAGGACAGAAAAGUUAUCGUAGGAUGCAGGACGGAACAGGAUAGAAAACAACUAAAAGAAAGGCUAGAAACUGUAAAAGACCACUUAGAAGUACAAGAGAUCAAAAAUAAAAAUCCAAUGGUCGAUGCAGAAAGAGUCCAAGUAGACUUGCAGAGAAUCAGGGUCGAAGACCAGUCGCCGGUAAUACAGUGUUCGAUGUGUUUAGGCUACGGACACCCGAAAAGACUCUGCAAGGAACAGGUGGAAAAGUGCAGCCACUGCGGAGGACCGCACAAAAAGGUGGACUGCACAGACUGGCUCGCCGGGACUGAUCCAACAUGCUGCAAUUGCAAGCAUGAAAAGUUGGACAGAGCGGACCAUAACACUUUCAGCCACGAGUGCCCGAUAAGAAAGCGGUGGGACGCCUUGGCGCGGUCUGCCAUUUCAUAUUGCUAA